UUUCCAGGAAAUAUAAAAAGAGGAUUAUUGUAAAGGGGAAAAACAAAAGUUGAUUUCAGAAAGCAAAACCCUUUGUUUCUCCCUCUUAACUCAUCUCUCUUUCUUCCUCUAUUAGUAAAGCUGAGACAGCACUAUCCACCAAAUAAAAGAGCUUAAAAAUCUCUAUUCUCUUCUUCACAUGAAAAACAAAAGAUUCCUCGAUCUUGUUAUUCUUUUUCAGUAGUCACACACACACAUACAGUAUAAUUUAGUACACUUUCUCCAAUACCACCACCACCACCACAUCGUUUAAGAAAAUACUAAAACCAAAAAGAUAUCAUCCGAUGAUAGAUUACGAGCAAAACAAUGACCAUAGGAACCUUCCUACUUCAUCUUCCAACGAUCUUCUUCUUGGCAUCAAUGGAGCCGCAGCCGCCAAGAGAAAACGAAGACCCGCAGGGACACCAGAUCCAGAUGCAGAGGUGGUAUCUUUAUCACCAAGAACGUUGCUAGAGUCAGAUCGGUACGUGUGUGAGAUCUGCAACCAAGGGUUUCAGAGGGAUCAGAAUCUACAGAUGCAUAGGAGAAGGCAUAAAGUGCCAUGGAAGCUUCUGAAGAGAGAGAAGAAGGACGAGGAAGUGAGGAAGAGAGUCUACGUGUGUCCUGAGCCGACGUGUCUCCACCACGACCCUUGCCACGCCCUUGGAGAUCUGGUCGGAAUCAAAAAGCACUUCCGCCGGAAACACAGUGUCCACAAGCAAUGGGUUUGCGAGAGAUGCUCCAAAGGCUAUGCAGUUCAAUCUGACUUCAAAGCCCAUCUCAAGACUUGCGGCUCACGCGGUCACUCCUGCGACUGCGGCCGAGUUUUCUCCAGGGUUGAGAGUUUCAUAGAGCACCAAGAUACUUGCACCAUCCGGCAUCCUUCCACCACCAACCACCGCCCUUUACAACAGCACACGCCCGGCACCGCGGCUCCAACAAGAACCAUUUCGACCACAAGCUUUGGCCCUUUAUUGCAUGGUCUUCCACUAUUAAGGCCACCACCACCAUCCUAUCAACAUUCACAAGCUUUGCCGUACCCUUUCAAUGCUUCAUCAGCUCCAUUUGAAAGCCUCGAACUCCAACUGUCAAUAGGAAUGGCAAGAACAUCAGCACAAGCGAAGAGCACAGAAAAGGGAGAGACGAGUUUAAACAAGGAGAGACCGAACGAGGAAGCAAGAAAGGCAGAGAAAAUGAGACAAGAAGCGAAGAUGCAGAUAGAGAUGGCGGAAACAGAUUUUGAGAAGGCAAAGAGAAUAAGGAAAGAAGCAAAGGCGGAGCUUGAGAAGGCUCAAACUGUUAGAGAAGAAGCAAUCAAGAGGAUUAGUGCAACAAUGAUGGAGAUAACUUGCCACUCUUGCAAGCAUCUGUUUCAGCUGCCUGUUAUGGCUGAUGAGAGUACGUCCUCUCUUGUUAUGAGUUACGUUUCCUCGGCGACAACUGAAGGGGAAUGCGAGUGAUCUCCAGUAACUCUUCAUAAGACACCAUAUAUGAUCAAAACUCAAAAGAAACAAAUAAUUAUUUCAAACGAAAUGAUGGUAUUUAAGUGGUUAAUACACCAUUUUGUGGAUCCAUAUAUAUUAGAGCAAAAAAACGCAUCGUUCUCUAUUGCCACAGAAGAAUUCACAUAAUGACUGUAAAU